AUGGAAAAGAAGGAUCAUGGAAUGCAGAUAUUCCGUAAGAAUAAAUCCAAACGACGAGGUUGUCAUAAUCUCAAGCAACCAUUGACCAAGGACAUGCCACGCAUGCUGUCGGAGCUGCUAAAGGAGCCUAAAGUAGCGCUACUGCAUCGCGUAGUGAAGAAUGUAGGUCCCAAAGUAUCCUGGCAGCUACUUCGUGAGACGCUUCGGCUGGAGAAAGACGGUGGACAGUCAGUAAAUGCUGAGGCCAGUGGCAAGCCCGAGCUUUUCUUUGUAGUAGACGAAGUCUCCCAUGAGUAUAAGCCACGGCGUCGCACAUCAGGUGGCGUCUUCUUUUCGUUGUUGAAGAAUAAAGUGUCGAAAGAAGUAUAUCGUACCAUCUAUGAGGUAGAAGAUCAGAAGAAGAAGGAUGCCAAGAAGCGAGCUCGUAGUCGCCAGCGACAAAAAAUGGACAAAACGCUGGCUAAACUAGGCUUUGAUGACUUGACGCUCGCAUCUAAAGGCGAAGACCUCACGGCGGCAAAUGGCAACAACACAGGAAUCCCGGCUACUUCAAUUGAUGCUGCUGUUGCUGAAGACGGAGAAGUGGUGGAAAACAUGGAAAUCAGUUGA